GGGAGGCCGGACCCGAGCAGCCCCGCCCAUGGGCGCCGGCCCCCGCUGCCGCCCGCGGGCCGGGACGACCAGGCCGAGGGGGGGAGCCGCCUGAGGACCGCGGCGUCCGCGCCCGCAGGUCACCUGGGUGUCAGCAUGGCAGGCACACACCUGGAGAACCAGCUGCAGAGCGCGCAGAAGAACCUGCUCUUCCUGCAGAGGGAGCACGCCAGCACGCUCCGGGGGCUGCAUGCUGAGGUCAGGCGGCUGCAGCAGCACUGCACAGAUUUAACAUAUGAGCUGACCCUGAAAAGUUCAGAACAGACAGGUGAUGGAGCUUCUAGAAGCAGUGAGCUAAAGAAAAGAUGCGAAGAACUGGAAGCUCAGCUCAAGUCUCAGGAAAAGGAGAACACUGAGCUGCUGAAAGAGCUGGAGCAGAAGAAUGCCAUGAUCCUGGUGCUGGAGAACACCAUCAGAGAGCGGGAGAAGAAGUACCUGGAGGAGCUCAAGGUCAAGAGCCACAAGCUGAACAUGCUGGCCAGCGAGCUGGAGCAGCGGGCCGGCACCAUCGCCUACCUGACGGCGCAGCUGCACGCCGCCAAGAAGCGGCUCCUGAGCUCCAGCGGGACCUCGGAGGCCAGCCCCUCGGGCAGCCCCUCCGCCCAGAGGUCAGUGCCGGCCAGCUACAAGCCUGCGCCGCCCAAGGACAAGCUGCCGGAGACCCCGCGCCGCCGCAUGAAGAAGAGCCUCUCGGCCCCCCUGCACCCCGAGUUCGAGGAGGUCUACAGAUUCGGGGCCGAGAGCCGCAAACUGCUCUUGCGCGAGCACGUGGAUGCGAUGCCCGACCCCACCCCGUUCCUGCUGGCCCGGGAGUCUGCCGAGGUCCACCUCGUCAAGGAGCGGCCCCUUGUCAUCCCCCCCAUCGCUUCCGACCGCGGCGGCGGCGCCAGCGAGCAGCCCAGCCCGGCACACGACAAGAAGGCACACGUGGGGGUGGCGCACCGCAUCCAGCACGCCGCCCCGCCGCCCGCGCAGCCCGCGCAGCCCGAGGUGGAGACGCUGGCGGUGGACCAGGUGAACGGGGGCAAGGUGGUGCGCAAGCACUCAGGGACGGACAGAACUGUGUGAGGCCGCCGGCACUGUGACACCCCGAGGAGCCGCUGGCCACACCUCGUCUGCUCCGUCCCCAUGCAUGCCAAGCUCACUGCAGCCCCGUCACAGUGUGCUCCUGCUCCUCUGGCCCUUUACUGUCACCGCGAUAGGAUCGUGUCCCUGCGCAGAAUAUCUAGCUCCUCACGCUGUGGCCACGUGCCAGUAUACCGACUCGCCUGCUUCCAGCGCCAUCCCUGUGUAGCCCAAGCGCCGCGUGGACAGCGCAGGCCACAGUCCGCCGUCGGGCCUCAGUCGUGGCCAGGUCAGAGCACUCCUCAGGUCCCUCCCCUCAGCCUCCAGGGCCCAGGGUGGCCCAUCUGCCCCAGCAGCCCUGCUCCCCAGACCGUCACUUCCCCAGGGCGGCACUGCUGGCGCGGCUGUAAGUGUAUGUCUCAGGAGCUCAAUAAGACAAAGUUACUCUCCCACCAGACCUGAAUGUGUGUCCACAUUUUUUGUUAGUUUUACCCAAGAUGUUCAAGAUCCCAACAAACUUUAUUUUCUAAACCUG